GCGGUUCCCCCGGGAGUCCCUUCCCUUCCCAGUGGGUGAGGGUGGGCAGGAUGAGCCUGCCUCCCACAGCUCAGCCUGGUGUCCGUCUGUCCAUCCCAGGGCCUUGUGGCCUCCAGGGCAUCCAGGUGCGCGUGAUGGGUGGAAAUGAGGCCAAGCUUGGGCGCUGGCCUUGGCAGGGCAGCCUGCGCUGGAAUAAAGUCCACAGCUGCGGAGCGAGCCUGCUCAACCGCCGCUGGGUGCUCUCCGCCGCGCACUGCUUUCAAAAGAACAGUUAUCCCUCCGAUUGGUCAGUCCAGUUCGGGGAACUGUCUGCCACACCAUCCAUUUGGAGCCUGCGGGCCUUCCUGCGUCGAUAUGGAGUCCAGGAUAUUAUCACAUUCCCCCAAUUCAGGAGGAAAUCGCAGCAUGACAUCGCCCUGGUCAAGCUCUCCUCCCCGGUUACCUUCAAUAAGCACGUCCAGCCCAUCUGCAUCGUGUCCUCCUCCGAGGAGUUCAAGAACCGGAAUGACUGCUGGGUGACUGGCUGGGGGGACAUCAGUGAGAUAGAGAGUGAGGUUGGGGACAGACGGGCGGGGGAGGGGAGCGGUAUCCGCCAGGCCCUGUGCAGGCCCGCACACCAGCUCCAGGGGCCCUGCCUCAGUCUGUGCCCACUCUGCCCUCGCUUUUUCCCCUCAGCCGUUGGCCCUCACCUCCUCCCCCACCGCAGAGCAGGGCUUUCUGCACACACACUCAGCUCCCCCUCCCUUCCAGAGGCCCCCCUGCCCACACCUGCAGCCCCAGCCUGCAGGGGUGUGAGUUUUGGGGUGCAUGAGGUUUUGGGGUGCACUUUUCAGAAAAGCACCGGGCUUUUUUUUUUUUUGGAGAUACAGUUCACAAAGCAUAAAAAUCAUCCUUUUAAAGUGUACAAUUCAGGGACUUCCCUGGUGGUCUGGUGGUUAAGACUCUGCCCUUCCACUGCAGGGGGGCAUGGGUUCAAUCCCUGGCUGGGGAACUGAAAUCCCACAUACUAUGUGGUAUGACAAAAAAAAAAAGCAUAAAAUUCAGAGGGUUUUUUUUUUUUUUUGGAUACUCAGAGUGGUGUAGGUAUCACCACUAUCUAAUUAUGGAACAUUUU